AUGAGUGCUGCGUCUUCCAGCAGCAUGUCGCGGCAGGCGAGCGACGCGACGAUAGGCGAGAGCACAAGCACACCUAAGCGAGCUCCUUCAACAAAGCGCGCAUCAGAGCGCACAUUAUUGAAGAGCUCCUUACCCGAAAAUGCUAUCAGCCAAGCAACACCGCAGCUCAGCAGAUUGGCAUCGGCGAGACCCAAUGCUGCCUCGAUUUUGAUGCGAGAGGUCAAGGACAGCGCAACGGAGGAUUUCGAUGUCACGCCUCGAAAGUCAUCGACCUCGUCUACACCAUCCACCGGGAGCUCGCAAGGCACAAUGGGCAAGCAGGGCACGCGACAAACAGUGCGUCCGAGCCUGCAGCCUCGAAGCUCGACAACGUCUGCGUCGUCUGGCGGAUCCGCUCGCGAUCCAAACAAUCCUAGCAGCGCUCCUGGCAUCUCGAGGCACGCCCGCGAGCUUUCUCAGGUAGGUGCUCUGAAGCUCGAGUCCUCGCGUGUAUGCAGUCUGUGACAUGUGGACUGACAAUCAGAAACGCUUUCACGCCGCAUGCACAGUCAUCCUCCAACGGAUCGAGCCCUAUGCUCAAGCAUCGCGCUUCCACAAACACCAUCCGAAAGGGCUCUGAUAGCAGAAGCAACUCUCGGACUGCCACUUAUCAUCCCAUCGACAGCCUGUCCAACGCCAGAGACACGAAGAUACAGCGCCAAGCCGAGCCGGGCUCACUCCGUGACACGGGCGGAGCGCACACUGAACGCUUGCGGCGCAGUGAAAUGCGAGAACGAGAGCUCGAGCAGAUGAGAUCAGAGUCGCGAUUAGGGAGGAGAACUGAUGAAAAUGUGGAAAAUGAAGAAGACGACGUAUCUGGCUCGGACGUCGAUCGACUCAGUCAGACUGUGCGGCCCCACGACGUUCACGCAAGUCCAGGGCGCGCAGGCGAGACUUCGCGUAGGGCUGCUGCGCGAAAAGAUGGGGAAAGCAGCACCGCGACAGACACCUCGGGCACGGAAGGGGCUGGCAGCUCGGUCAACGGGCGGGGCCAGCGAAGAAGAAAGAAGAGUUCUUCCGCCAGCGCUUCCAGCAAGGGAGCUUCGCGCUCUAAUCGUCAGUCAAACGAGCCACAUGAGAGGCCCGCAACCUCUACGGGUCAUACGGUGCGGACGAGCGUGGACUUGGAAGGGUCAAGACACUACAUGAGCCCGCGGCUAGGCUCUGUAAGCUCAGGGGACGGACUGCCGCGGAGCCAGCACGCUUUCCCACCAAGCUCGACGGCGGCGAGAAGGUCCGCCGGACGCGCUGCCCUGCCAAGCGAAUUUCGAGCUGAUAACACUUCAUCUUUCAGUAGGCGCUCAAGCAUGUCAUCCCGCUUUCGGAGCAAUUCGCUCGCCAGCGUAGAGGACACUGGCGAGCCUGAAGCUGACACAUCUGAUGAACGCAGAAUCAUGGACGGCAGCCAACUCCGACAUCCUAGCUCUGCAGAUGCCUCAGGCGUCUCACGUAGCUCGCGCCGCCGCUACAUGUCGGAUGCGAGCUCCGACAUUCCUACGGGCGACUAUUCCGGAAGGGCUGGAACUCAGAGUAGUCGCCUUUCUGUCGAUUCGUCCUCUGCCUCCAGACACCUCGGGCGUGGAUGGCCUGCAUCCGCCCAAGCGGACAUUGAAAUGGGCAGAACCGAUAAUUCGGCGCAAACGCAAGGCAGAGACUUGCCAGACCAAAGCUUCUCUCCAAGCGAAAUGGCACGCCAACGGAAAAUUUCUACGUCCAGCUCCGUCUCUCAAAGGUCUUCAGGUGGAGCUUCGGAUCUGCUGCGUUCUGUCUCUAGAGCCAGCGUCCUUCGAGCCCAAGGCACGGACGUGUUCGACGCGUCUGGAAUGCCUCCCCUGCCUCACAAGAACAGGAGUCCGAUCUCCUACGAACGAGACCGAGCCUUGCGUGUGCGCGAAGAGCAAUUCCGUCAGCUCGGAUUCGGCGCCGCAGGCUCGCUUGACCGUACAAGCCCAGAACAGGUGAGUGUGGACCAUGUAGAGCGCUGCUGUGGCCAACUACAAGCUCAUCGUGACGUGCCGUCAAAGUCCCGCCCCCUUUCGCGCACUUCAAGUCGUGCUUCUGCUCGUCCUAGCUCUAGAUCGGGCUACAUGUCGCGGGAGCUGGAAGGAUUUUCGCGAGCUGCGUACACUGAACCGAGGAGGCGUGCUGCCAACCACGAGAGGGCAGCAACAUUUGCAGAACCUGGCCAGAUGCAAGAGGCUCCUUUUCGGCAUGCGUCGCUCGAUAUGGGUAAUCGACCAGCUCGGACGCCUAAUUUAAACUCUAAUGGGACCAUUGGGCGGACUCGAGAUGUUCAAUCCGCUAUCUUGCCAACCACCGACAGAUUUUUUUCUGGCGACGUUAGCUCUUCACGCAGCGCGUCAAAUACAUGGCGAAGCCCAUCAGGAUCAUCGCACGAGCAGAAUCUGUCCAGCGCUUAUUCGAUGUUUGAGCGCUAUUUUUCUGGCAGCUCAUCGACUUCGGCGGCGCCCAUCGCACGCUAUCCCGAGUCCAUGAGUUUAGUGCUGAGUCUCAGGCACGUCACGGAUACUGCCGCGUGCAUAAACGCGGAGCUGGAAGUUCUUAGGGAUGCUGCUCUUCAAGCUCACAUCGAUGCCGAGAGGGGAGGUGGCAGUACAGCACUUAUGUCUGCGGCACAGUCUUUCUCACUCCUUGAGCAAGGCCUGAUACAGCUUCGUGCAAAGAGCGAUGAGCAAGUCAGAAGUCUUACAGAUAGCCUGGUGUACUUCGCUCGAACAGAGAGGGAGAGAGAUGCUGUUCGUAAGCUGGCAAGUGAGAACGGAAGCGUUGGUCGACCUGGCUCUAGGAUCUCUAGCCUUGGGACCGGAGGAAGCCCAUUGCGGCCCGAUCGAGCCUCGGCGGCCCAACCAGGCAGGAAUUUCCAUACUAGCUCACAUGGGUCUGGUCUCGAAGUGCCUCCAAGUGCGCAUAGCGACGACAGAAGCGAGCAUUCAUCAGCGAGCGGAACCAUAGAUUCGCUGCAGAUGCAGCGCGUCCGAUCCCAUCGACGCCAUGCAACUGAAUUGGCCUCCCCAAAUUCAUCGAGCUUCGCGCCAUCUCCGACACUGGCUGGGGCGCGCCCCGGUCAAGGCGCUACACCCCACGCUCGUGUCACUUCACCUUUGGAAAGCCAGGCAGGCACUCGCUUACAGGAUCGUUUUGCGUCGAUCCGCGAUCGCUCCGGACAUGGUCGCGCCGCCUCUGAGGCUUCGAACUUUUUUGACGACUCGCCCCGCGCCCUUGAGCGUGCUCAGAGGGAAAGAGAGAGGAGCAACGCCACAGUCACUGCUGAGUCUUCGCGCCCUUCUCUUGGCCCUACCGGUCUUUCCCCGCGACGAUCGCGAUUGAGCUUCCCCGCGGUCAACAGCACGAACGCUGCUGUGGACUUUGGCCCUGCUCGAGGUGACAGCAACAGGCCGUCUGUGUUGUAUCGACGCGAUCAGGUGCCCUCCAUGUCCCCGUCAGGGUCUAGAGGCUUUGAAUCUCCCGACACUUCGCUUGUCAACUCUCGCCAGAUCGCCAGCGAUCCGAGCAGCUUGGCCGACCAGUCCUUGAGCCGUAGGAACACCGUUGAUGGGCUACGCGGGACACUCAACGGGCCUGACUCGCCAUCAGCGAGGCGUCUCACAUCCGCAGACGAAGGAACGUCGCGCGAGUUCAUCUUGAGCAGCUCCUCUCGUCCGAGCGACGAGUUGUCGUUAGGUACAGACCACUACGUCGACGGCGCAGUCUCGCCUGUGGCAUCACGCCAGCGACUCAGAAGCGAUAGUCCCGACGACAGGCGAGCGUCGGGUGCCUUCUCGCGUCUUCCAGCGAGCUCUACCCCUCGAACUGCUCACAACUCGAUGAUGAGGCUCGCUGCCUCACUAGGCAGAUCCAACGGCAGUGCUGUCAACACCAGAAGAUUAUCGAGGGACUUGUCUCAGCGAUAA